CCUCGUUUCGGUGGAGCGGUUGGGGGGCUUUUGGACUUAUUUGUCGUCUUCAGUUCACCAAACUCGCAAUCUUUCAAAAAGAACCAUAAGAAAAUAAUUCAAGAAGCCUUCAAGAAAUCAACUACUACACAUUAAUUGAGGCGGCGGGGUGUUUCGCGGUUUGAUAUGAUUUGAUGAAUCGAGAGAGCGGUGAUUGGUGACUCGAUUUGUUGGAAGAAUUGGAACACGUGGCAGCAUCUGGUUGGUGGUAGGUGGCAGCGGCAGCGGAGGAGGAGGAGGAGAAUUGAGCAGAAAUGCCGGAGGAGGAUUUGGUGGAUAUAAAGUUCAGGCUUUAUGACGGGUCGGAUAUCGGGCCGUUUCGGUACUCCGCCACAUCCACCGUGGAUAUGCUUAAGCAAAGAAUUGUCUCUGAUUGGCCCAAAGGUAAGACAGUUGUUCCGAAGGCAGUGAAUGAAGUCAAACUAAUAAGCUCCGGUAAAAUUUUGGAGAACGACAAGACUGUUGGCCAGUGUAAAGUACCCUUUGGUGAAGUUGCAGGUGGGAUUAUAAUAAUGCAUGUCGUAGUUCAGCCAUCACUUGCAAAAACUAAAACAGAAAAGAAGAUUGAUGAUUCACCCAGAAAGACUGUAUGCUCAUGUUCCAUUUUAUGAAACCAAGCAUAUAGAGUUGGAACUUCUUUUAUGCUGUUAACGAUGUUUAAGAACGUAAAACGUCGUCUUUGAGUAUCCUCUGUGUGUUCAUUGCAAAGUCCAUGUUUUCAAGUUCUUAAUGGAGUGAUGAAGAUGUGCAUUUUCCCUUACUUGGGUUCCUUCAUUUAUGAUUGUUUCCAAAUACUAGCUUGAAUCAUUUGUAAAGUUGUAUAGGACCACUACAUGUAAACAGAAUAUGCACACCAAAUUGUAAGGAGAAAUGUCUUUGUAUAAAUGCUUUCUGUUACUAAUAAUUUGUGUAAAUGCUAUCUGUUAUUUUGUUUUUCGGA